AUGAUCCAUGCCCGAGCAGCAGGAGAAGGAGGAGCAGCCGUAGCAGCAGCAGCAGCAGCAGCAGCAGCAGCAGCAGCAGCAGCAGCAGCAGCAGCAGCAGCAGCAGCAGCAGCAGCAGCAGCAGCAGCAGCAGCAGCAGCAGCAGCAGCAGCAGCAGCAGCAGCAGCAGCAGCAGCCGCAGCAGCAGCAGCAGCAGCAGCAGCAGCCGCAGCAGCAGCAGCAGCAGCAGCAGCAGCAGCAGCAGCAGCAGCAGCAGCAGCAGCAGCAGCAGUAGCAGCAGCAGCAGCAUUUGCAGCAGCUGUUCCCUCCUCGGAGGGGCCUUCGGGCCAUUGGACUACCUUCCUCUCCUCCUGUCCUCUUACAGUCUCCUACCACGUACAGUCCUACGUUUCCUCCUCCCUCCCCCUCGGUCACCGUCGCCUCCUCCUUUUGUCUCGCACGACUGGACCAUUCAUUGUCCCAAACGUGCUCGUCCCUUGUCUCUUCUUACGAUCUCCAAACUGUCUUGUUUUGUUCUAG